AUGGGUCUUACGGCUAAGGAAAGGGAUGAGGUUAUCCCAGGUAUAAUUGACAACCGUAUCAGGGCUACUAUCGAGUCAGCUAUUACUACAGCCUUCCAACAAGGAGAGGUCCUGUCCGCCAUUAUACCUACCAUCACCUCAGCUGUGAAAGAUGCCGUGACUGUUGCAGUGCAGGCCGAGCUCUCAAAACUCAACGACCAACUAAACCUGCAGCAGGAACAACUACAGGACCUCACCACACAAGUUGCUGAUCUUCAGGGCGCUUAUACCACCCUACAGGGUAAGUUUAACGAUCUGGAGCAGUACUCCCGACGCAAUUGUGUUAUUGUGUCCGGCAUUCCGGAGUCACCUGGAGAGCGGGGAACGGAUGAAGCAGUCCUGCAGGUCACAAAUAAGAUCAACUGUGACCCGCCACUAUCCACUCAUGACAUCGAUCGCUCACAUCGCCUAGGGAAAAAAAGGGAAGAUGGUAAACCCCGCCCAGUCAUUGUUAAGUUCUGUUCGUAUCGUUCCAAGGCGAUCGUCAUGAAAGCCAAGUCUACAGCUGAUAGUAGAGCUAUCCUGAGGAAAGAAGGAAUCUUCAUUAGUGAAAACUUAACCAUGCAGAAUAGGAAGCUCCUGUACGAAGCUCGACUUCUCGUGAAGGAGAAGAGGAUCAAUCAGGCCUGGACUUACGAUGGGAAAAUCUUCAUCAAGACGAUUCACGACGAACGCCGAUCGGUCGACAAACUGUCUGACUUGGACGCUUUCCGGAACCCCGACAAGUGACACUGUCCAAGUAGCACUGAUCAUGUGAGGCAUCUAACUUGGAACACUACUAAGUAAAAAUAUGCCAUCUACGGCCACAGUUACGUUUCCUUUUAUGUCUUCUGCUGUUUUAUGUGAAUCUUUUGUACAUGCUGUGUUUGUUUCUGUUAUCAUUGAAGCGUGAGUCCUCCUCUUUACCCUGUGACCUGUCCCAGACGUUUAGCUUGCCAGUAGGUCUGCGGGAAAAUGGGUAUUGAUUUGAAUCAAUAUAGGGCAGUUAUAGGCAAUUUUUACAAUGUAAAAUACGGCUUUAGAUUACUGUCAAGUAUAUUUUGUGCAGGGACGUUUAUACUCAGCUUCAUAUUGUCAAUGAUUCAUUUCAAUUUUCUGUUGUUGUUGAUUGUACUGUCUAAUGAUAUACACCCGAAUCCAGGACCUGUUAGGCCCACGGUUGCUUCCAAGUACUUGAACUUUUUUCAUGCAAAUGUUAAUAGUAUUAUUGUUGGCACUAAGUUAGAUGAACUUUCAACUAUUGCUCGACGUUUUGAAGCUCAAAUUAUUGCCAUUACUGAGACGUGGCUUAGCGGUGCUAUUUCUUCUGAAGAUCUUCUUAUUGAUGGUUACCAACUACCAUUACGCCGUGACCGAAACAGGCACGG